AUGGCAGGGAUUAGAGCUCUGUUUUACUAUCUACCUCUUGCACUCCCAAUUUAUAUCAAGACGGGUGCCAUUGAACGCAAGGCUCGAAAGCCAAAGCCCAAGGGACAUUAUAUGGACAUCAUCAGUCAACCAUCACAGGAUAUCAAACCGAAUCUUGAACCCUCAACGCUUCGAGCCAUGCAGCGGGUGGAGAAUAACUACAAGGAAUUUGUCUUGGAGAACCUUAAACCACCCUGCCCAAAUCACUGGCUUAAAAAUUUGACCAUUAAUGUCAUCGAGGCUUUCCUACGCUGGUAUCUUGAUUGUCAUAAUGUGGGAUCCCUGCCAGGUUUCCUCGUGUUGGUCCGCUUCUGGAGGAUAUAUUACUGCUACGAGCUGGAUAUGGAUUUCCCUUAUCAUUUGAAACGAAAGACUAAGGAGUUAAUCUGUACGGUUCUCAAGUUUGACUAUGGACUCUGUGAGAUGGCCAAACUUCAACCACCUAUCAACCCAGAUGAUCUUUUUGCUCUUUUGUAUCAUGCUGUUGCUAUAUCCCAGGUGUACUUUCCAACCCAGAGGCAAAGAACCCAGCAUGGGACGAUUCGGAAAAUGAUGACAGGUACAUCCGCUCGGCCUGGAACACUUCUUGAAAGCUCAGGGUAUUGCCGAACAAAUGAUUCACUUCUCUGGGGAGAUAUUGAGCUUUUCAUGGUUAUGGAUCCUGAACAUCCAACCUGUCAAGUCCUCCUUAUGAGAGUAAAACACCGUCUCAAUAAGCGCAAGAGAAACAAGGGAGUACCGCCAAUCUACUCCUAUACUGAGCGAAACGAUAAUCUAGGAUACUGUGUGAUUCAAGACAUACUAGAUUUUGCAUUCGAGGAUGAUGCUUUUGCAAGUGAAUACAUCAAAGAACCUUGGGAUAUCUGGCGGCAUACCAAAGUCCCGGAACACAGGAAGAGCGUUCCAAUCCAUAUCAAGAAGGAAAUGUGGAGAAUACUGGUUUUCCGACCUGGAGUUCAAAAUGAAGAGGGAAAAUGGAUCACCCAUCCAACAAGAGCUCUAACAGCAAAACAAUUUGGUGAGGAUGAAAACAAUCUUUCUCGAGCCACCGGCAUGGAGAAAGUUGAAAAUUUGACUGAGCACCAGCACAAUCAUGUCAUGGGCCAUACCAAAGGCGAGAUCUUCCGCGCAUAUGUGAACCCUUACGCGGGCGACACACAGUCGAUAUAUCUAGGAACACCAACCAGCGAAGCCCUGAACAAAUUAUCCACUCAUGCAAGCCUUACACGCGACCCAGCUGCACCACAGUGUCUGACUAAGGAGCAGAAGGAAGCGGUUGAGAACUAUCCAGAGCUAAUUCAGGCUAAGCAAGAGCAUCACAAUUGUAAACAACAGCUAGUCCUAUGGUAUGGAAAAAUACAGAAGGCAGCGGGAACUCUAGAAGCGCAGGAAUAUGUGAAGAUUAAUUGGUUAGUUCGAGCCACACACAAGAAACUGCAGAAAUGUGCCUUCGAGCAAGUUCGAGACCUGCUGGAGGAUCGGAUCAAGUCACUGGAGCUUCAUCUUGAACUCCAUCAUCUCCAUGUCCCCAAAAACCUGUUAGGAAAAGUUGUUCCAACGGAGCUGGCGCGACAUUGUCCAUUUCCAGUCAACUUUCCUCCCCAAAGCCCGACUGGGCUGCAAUGCCCUGAGUGUCUAAGCAAUGGAGACUAUCACCCAGCAGCGCGGCAGUUUAGUUUCGCCAGCAGAUAUAACCUGAAGGAUCACAUUGACUGCAUGCACCUAGCAAAAAAAGACUUCUUGAAGGUGGUGAUGUGCGGUUAUCCUGGUUUUACUGUACCUGGCAUCCAGCUCCCUGGUGCAUGA